UUCAGAUAGCUGGGAUUGCCUAAUUGCCUCUUUUGGUUUUGGGAAUAGUGCCCAGACUUCUAAAGCACAAAGGAGAGAAGAAAGAAGCAAUUAUUUAGGCUGACUUUUGGAUCUUCUCGCAGAUGCAAUGGCUCUGGAAAAUCCAUAUAAAACUUUAACACUUUUUGGACUGUGGAUUAUGCCAGUUUGGACCUGAAAUUUAAAUAUUUGGGUUUUCUGUGGGAUUUCAUAAUCUGGAUUACAAACUUUAACUACAAUCUACAUUUGAACAUCGGCAGAUUAUAGAUUAUAACUUUCAAGGCCACUUUGCUUGCUGCUGCAUUGGUCUUGGACUCCUGCAAGCAUGAGAGGUGAUAGGAGAUCAUCUUCUUUUCGUAAGGACAAGCCUGUGGGACUGUCUCGUGCCCUCAGUUGGCUCAAUGUGUCUACUCUGUCCCGCCAGAGCAGACACAUGUUCCACAGUCAGAGCGAGCUGCACAGGCGCCACACACUGUCCCGCACUCACCUCCACAAUGCUAAUGGAGAGGACCCACACGAUGAUGACAACUGGGUGUACCAGCCUCAGCAUAAAAUCGCGGUGUCCAAUCUUGACGAGGAAAGCAAAUGGACUGUUCAUUACACAGCUCCGUGGCAUCAACAGGAAAAUGUCUUCCUACCAGGCAGUCGGCCACCAUGUGUAGAGGACCUCCACCGCCAGGCCAAAGUCAACCUCAAGACUGCACUAAGAGAAUGUGACAAACUGAGGAAGGAUGGUUUUCGGAGUUCCCAGUACUACUCUCAGGGUCCCACGUUCUCUGACCCUCUACAGUCAGGCAGCCUGCAGGAUGAGGAGGAUGAAGACAUUGACAAGAAGUCAAUAACAUCAUCAGCAGAAGAUGACAAAUCUCAACUGUCUAUGAGGUCCCAGACUCCUCAGGGCUGUGGAGAGAACAGGGAAGGGUCAGAGGUCGAUGGUCAGGUGGUUUGGACCAAGGCCACGCCCCUCCCCACACCCGAGGAGAGGAUGAGACAGGCCGCUCAGGCUGUGCCCACAGACAUUGUUCCUAUUAAUGUAACAGGGAAAGAGUUUGACCGGCAGGCGAGCAUCCGGCGCUCCCUCAUUAACACUGACACAGUGUCCCGAAGGCCCAAGAAGGUCAAACGCAGAAAGACUAUAUCAGGGCUGCCCGACAACUUCAACCCGGACUUAGCUCCACCAGGACGCUGUGGAGAUGCACGACCUCAUUCUAUGUUCAUCCCGGGACAAUAUUCCACUUUGGGGCGAACCGGAAGUAUGAACUCGAUGCUCCGGAGGUCAGUGACUAGAGACUCCUGCUCUCAGACAGAGGAGGUGAAAAUAGUCCCCCCGUCCAUGAGGAGAAUCCGCGCACAAAGGGGACAGGGUAUUGCUGCACAGAUGGCAGGGAUUUCAGCUUCAUCCUCUACUGGAAGUAUAUCCAUCUCCAGUACAGACAGCUCUGGUAUAGUUAUGAUGCCUCAGUAUAAUGGAGACAUGUCCCGGUUUCACAGCCUGCCCCGAGGGGCCAGGGUAUCUCUAAGUGCUGAUCCCAUCUACAGCAGCACCCCCAUUAAAUCAGAAGAGCAUGGGACACCACAGGGCCGCAUAGGCAAACUUCAGGUGGAUGAUACAGCGGUCCACAUGAGAAAUGCCCCAAGAACUGGCACUCUGCCCCGACCCAAGUCCCAAGAGGUCAGAGGGAGCCAGGUCAGUGAGUGGGGAGGAGGUCCAGCCUGUGUGGUGUCUCCUCAUGCAGCGUACUCUACCUCUCUCAUUCCAAACGCCACGAUGUCCAGCUCCACUGAGGUCAUUACAUUAAAUUCAUCUGGUCACAGCCCACCCACUGCCAUAGUUCUACCCAAUGGUCGCCCCCUCAGUAUGGCAUCAAGCAUAAAUCCUCUGACAUCCAGUCCUGCACCUUUCAGUUACAGCAGCACCUGUCCUGCUCCAGCCACUUCCACUCCUGUGACUAAAGCUCAGAGUGCAGGCACUGCCACCACAAGUGAGUCUGGACACUCAGACAGCAGCGCACACAGCCACAGCACGCUGGCCCCUACCCCUCCAUCCUGUAUACCAGAGGAACAGUGGAUCUACGACACACCCGAAAAUGUAGUGGUCCCACAUCGUACACUGACCUCCAGCUGUUCCACGCCCAUAAACCAGCUGUACAGCAGCCUGGAGCGCUCUUCCAGGACCACCACAGACUCCAGCUCACUCUACUCCCAGGACAACGAUGGCUACUUCACUUCCAUGCACCUGGACUCAGGCCUGCGCUCACGAAGCCAUGGCAGCGGCCAUGGGGCGGCCGUUGGACGGGCCACUAGACACAGCAUGUAUGAGUGCCGGGAGCUGGCCAACCAUGAGGACUCUGCAAGUUUGUACAGUGAUAAAUCUUUGUCCCGAAGCAUCUCUUUGCGCAAAUCUAAGAAACCGCCUCUGCCCCCGGCCCGCACAGACUCUCUGCGUCGCAGACCUGGGGAGAAGAAGCCCCUGGGAGGGGUGAGUGCCAUCAGCGGAGGCUCUGAGUCUGUGCUCAAUGAGAGCCUCAUCGCCAGCCUACAGCAGAGCUUACAGAUGGGACUGAGAGCAGGCAAAGGAAAAGGAGCAUCACCUUCUUCACCCUCCCACAGCCCGAGCAGUGACUAUGAUGACCCGUGGGUGCUGCGGCCGCGCAGUCACAGUAGCAUCAGUGCAGGCAGCUCAGCAGCAUCGUUGGGAGUGCACUCUGGUGUAGUAUCAAACAUGUACUCGCUUUGCCAAGUAACUCCUGCUCAGAGUGAGACCAGCAGCCUGCGCUCGGACUACGCAGAGUCCUGGGGCUACUACAUGGACUAUCCUCGAGGCCAAGCCGACCAGAGGGCACAGUCUCCUGCUGCCACCUCCACUGAAACCGUCUCAACAGGAGUGACCUCUGGAGAUCUCCAAAACAAUGGGGACAGUAACAAUGUCCAGUCUCCUACAGUUCAGCAGGAAGGGGCAGUGAAGCCAAAAACCUCACCAGACAGAGUACAUAGACUCACCUCUCCCUCUAGUGGCUACUCCAGCCAGUCCAACACACCCACCGCCGGGACACCAGUGCCCUCAUUCGUCCGCUCCAUGUCUCCUUCAGGGAGUCGCCCCAAACCCAAAGUCCCAGAGAGAAAGUCCUCCCUCAUCUCCUCUGUGUCAAUGUCCUCUUCAUCCACUUCUCUGUCCUCAAACACAUCAGACUCUCUCAAAAACCCACCUCCUCCUCCACCACCUCCUCUGCCUGUCUUCUCCUCCUCUGCUCCCACUACCCCUCUGAGCCCCCCACCCCCCUUCCCUGCCCCUCUGCCCCCUGCUUCCCCUCCUGCUCCUCCACCACCUCCACCACUACCAUGCACUCCACCAGCCCAGGCACUAAGCCCGCUCCCUCCCUGUUCCACUUCCCCUGAGUUUCCUCCUCCUCCAUCCCCUAAUGCACUAAUCCCCCCCAGCUCAUCCUUCAAUGGCAGCUUCAGUCCUCCUCCUCCCCCACCCCCAUACCCCAACAUGGGCCCCCCUCUGCCACCACCACUGCCUCCUCUUGUCGCAUCAUCUUCCCCUCCAUCUGUUGUCAAAACACCAAAGCAGCAGCCCCCCAAAGAGGCCCUGUCCGAUAAUGCCAUGCCUUCACCCAAGCCCCUUAUCACGCCAUUCGCCCUGCAGAGUGUCCAGCUUCGGUCAGUAAAACGUCCCGAUAAGGAAAUUGACAGCAACACAGACUUAGACCUCAACAAUGACACAAAACCUCAAACCUUUGACUCCAGCCUGCAGAAUGACACUCAAAAUGACUGCAUUGAAGAUGUGUCCCGGCAGUCUUCCCCAUCUCCUGUCUCGAAGCUUUUAGAGGAGUUAUCUCUAGACUCCAGUUUCAUCAAUGAGUACCAACAUGUGAAUGGCAAAGAAAACUACAACAACCAUGAUGCAAUGCAAAUCUCCCCACAGACCUCUCCUGUCAAACAGCCUCCAGCUGUCUCCAAAAAGCCCCAAAAGCCCUUCAUACCAUCAGUUAAACCCCAGCCUCUUAUAGAGCAGUGUCAAAAUCAAGAAGAAAAUGGACACUUGCCUACAGAAGAUCAGGUAGAUUCACUCACAAAAGAAGAUGAAUUGAAAAAUGGGCUGCAGCAAGAUGGGGAAACUUCAGAGAGCUCUGAGCCUUUAACAGAAAGCAGUGAAACACUGACAGACCCACAAGAAGAAGACUCCAACAUGUCUGCUCCAGUCAGCCCGGAAUUAAGUGUGUGUACCAAUGGACAUGAUGAAGAGGAGGAAGAGGAGGAAGGAGAUGGAACGAGCAGCACAAGUGGAUCUGUCAGCUCCAAAGAGGAUGAUGCAGGUGAGGUAUUCGAUUCCAGCAGCACGGCAGACUCGUCGCCGGUCCGGUCCAACGGGGCGUCCCGGGAGAGCAUGGUGACCCCUACUCCCUCCCGUCCUAGAACCACCGAUGACCUCUUUGCGGUCAUUCACAGGUCAAAAAGGAAGGUCCUGGGUCGCAGUGUGUCGGAUGAUGAGCGGACGCGGCCCGGUUCUCACCCUAGCUCCCCUCCAGUGACCCCGACAGGCAGCUCCACUGGCCUGGGCUCCUCCCUGCCCCGUCAAACCAGCUCCAUCCAGAGAUCUCUGCGCAAAUCCUCCACCAGCAGCGACACCUUCAAAGCCCUGCUGCUGAAGAAGGGCAGCCGCUCUGAGACCAGUUUCCGGAUGUCCGCUGCUGAAAUGCUGCGCUCCACCGACCCACGCUUUCAGAGGACGCGCUCCGAAUCGGCCCUGGACCCCCCCGCCUCCCCCGGGUCACCCUCCUCCGCCCCCCACAGCCCGUGCGCCUCACCCGGCCGCAGUAAAAGACCCUCGGAGGAGUGGAACCGCUAUGACUCUCUGCCCCUCUCCUCACCCACAUCCCCCUCUUUUGCUUUUAGUGGGAUGAAAUAUGGACGUUCACGCACGCCGCCCUCCGCUGCCAGUAGCAAGUACAACGCCCGCAGUAGGAUACUCAGCAGCCCCAUGACUGUUAUAUGUGAACGCGAGGGAGAGUGGGGGGAGAGUGAGUACAAUGAUGCAGUGGACAGCCUUUCAGCUCUCAAUGACUCCAAUAGCACUUUAUCUGAAGAAAGUAGGAGUUAGAUGGACCAUGAUUUACAGAAAUUAACUUCUGGAAUAUACCCUUAAAACUGGCACAAAUAAAGACACGCCACUGUCCCAUUUGGAGGUCAGAAGUGGUACUGGUUCAGCAAUUUUUCAAGAAUUUUCUGUUUUUUUUAUUAUCUUUAUGAUAAAUAAUGUGUCCUGUUUUGCUUCAUGCACACUGUUGACUAUCAACUUGUUAUCUUAACGCUGCGAUGGUCAAGCGUACACCAAGUUCUACCUAAUAAAAUAUUUGGAUUUCAAAGUACAACCAGGACUAGAGAAAUGGGACAAAAAAUCAAUGCUGUUAACGCAGUUUGAGAAGAUUCUUGUUAAUGAUACUUAAUGUAUAUAUAAAUAGGAAUAAAGGGAGAUGUGUCAGGAAACAAGACUAUUUCAAUUUUAUGGGCAACAGUCUGUAUAUCCUCAUCUAAUCAUCCAUUUUUUUUAAACAAUCAAAAACACAAUCUUUGCAGUGGUGCUAUGUAGCAGGCCGUGUCCUGGGCAGAUUUGAAUGUAGAACGGUAGCUCUUCUGCAGACUGUGGUACUUCUGUGGGAUAAUUGCCAGGUUUGAGUGUACAAAGACUUGACCCGAACUGCAAAUUUACUCUAAAACAUGAUUUGUGUUGUUUUGUUUGUAGAUUCGCAUUGUGCAUUGUCAUUAUCUUUGUUUGUGUUACCGUUUUAAAGAUUGUUUCAAAAUUAUGUCAUGUUUUGUUUGGGAAUAAAUAUGUAUAACUGUAAAGCUAAAAUGACAGAGGAAAGUCUAUUUUAGUUAUGAUGGUUACCAAAGAGCUGAAAAGUUGAACAAGCUGUUAUUAUUACAAAUAACAUUCUGAAGGGUGCAGCCACUUGUCAUUGUUUUCACCUGCUAAAAUCACCUGAAUAACUCUAUCCUUUUGCAGUUUUAUAUGGUUCUGUAUGUAAAUAUAAAGAGAAAUGAGUUUUAAGUAACAUUUGACUUGUUCUCAAAAAUAUCUUUGUACUAUUUUAGUAGCCCCGUGUUUGCUGAAAGGGAGUGGUUUUCCUUUUUUUUUGUAUAUUAUUUAUUUGAAAGUAGCAAGGCUGUAAGUUCGGUGACCUGGUCCAAGCAGUUGAGCAGAGAUUGGUCAAAAUGUAGUUAUAUUGGUGCUUAAAAAUGCAAUAUUUAAAUGUUUGCCUUUGACUGCCCUUCAUGUUUAGAAUUGACUUGACUUAUAGCAAAGUCAUGUGAAUUUUAAAAAUUAUCUCUUUUUUUUUUACUAAUCUCCAAUCAACUGCUGACUUUCUUGAGCACUUUGGGCCAGGUUCAUCUUAUGCCUCAAACAGCAAAAAUGAAUCGUAAAAACAAGACGAAGGCAUCAUGAAGGCUGGCUGCUUAUGUGUAUAUGUCUGUGUAAUUAAAGAAGGUGA